AUGGCGGCGGCGGGGCAGUCCAGAGAAGAAGAUCGUGCGGCAGAGGCGGUGGCGGUGGCAGAGCGGGAAUUUAGUUGCAAAUACUGCGACAGAAAGUUCAACAAUAAGCAUGCUUUGGGAGGGCACCAGAACGCGCACCGGACGGAGAGAGCUAUGGAUUUGACUGCUAAGAGGACUAGACGUGGCGACUUCAUGAAUUAUUUUCCAUUUUCUCCUUUCCUUGGGGUUUCUCACCUUCUCGCCGGCGCCGGCGGCCAGGUGAACUACUUGAACCAGGCACCCUCAAUGCCGCCGUAUUUCUUGCCUGGCCACCCCAUUCCCUCGCCGGAGAUUCCAGCACCCAGGCCGCCGCCCUAUGCUUAUCCAUUUUCACCUGCUGUGUCUGAAACCGGCCCACUACCCAGUAGGCCGCCGAUGGAAAAUCAUCCCCCUUGUGCUCGUCAGGUUUUGCUGCCGGAGAUGACUAUGUCUGAAACCGGCCCACUGCCCAGUAGGUCGCGGGUGGAAAAUCAUCCCCUUCGUGCUCGCCAGGUUUUGCUGCCGGAGAUGACUAUGUCUGAAACCGGCCCACUGCCCAGUAGGCCACCGGGGGAAAAUUAUCCCCCUCGUGCUCGUCAGGUUUUGCUUCCGGAGAUGACUAUGUCUAAAACCGGCACACUGCCCAGUAGGCCGCCUAUGGAAAAUCACCCCCCUCGUGCUCAUCAGGUUUUGCUGCCAGAGAUGACUAUGUCUGAAACCGGCCCAUUGCCCAGUAGGCCGCCGGUGAAAAAUCACCCCCCUCGUGCUCAUCAGGUUUUUUUGCCAGAGAUGACUAUCUCCGGCGACAACACCUUUCCAGUGGGAAGUUUUCACGCCAAUUCUGCUGUCACCCCCAUGCUUGGUUCCAUUGCUAUCAACUACUCCAAUCCAAUGAAUGCUCCAGAAAUGAUUGAGGAUGUAGAUCAAAACUGGAUAUGA